UAUGUGAUCUCUGUGUAGGUCCCUUCUGAAUCCCGUUCACCAACUGGCAACAGAAGGAGGACAUCUUUGUCCACAGAUCAGAAUGAUGAAGGCACUUUAACACCAGACAAAGAGCUGCUAGCCGGGAUGAUAGCAGAACCUGCUUUUCUCUCUGAGUAUACUAUCUUUGCUUUGGAUCCCACCAAACAACCUAAGCCACAGAGUGACGGUGUGAAUUUAACUAAACAACCACUUCCCAGAUCCACAGAAAACAAUGGAAGUGGACAAGCCUCCACACAGCUGAGUGACACUCAGUCUUUGGCUCAGAGGCUGCAGCUCCGAGUUCCCUCCAUGGAGUCUUUGUUUCGAAGCCCGUUAAAAGAGUCCCUGUUCCGCUCUUCUUCUAAGGAGUCCCUGGUACGAACUUAUUCAAGAGACUCAUUGAAUCAACUGGACUUGGACGCAGCUGGUCCCACAUUUGAUCCACCUUCUGACAUUGAAAGUGAAACAGAAGAGCCUCUGGGAAACAUGGACAGCCUCAGUAAAGAGCAGAUGCUACAGCGACUGCACAAAAUGGACCGCCGUUUGGGCUACUAUAAUGAAAAAUACUCAGAGCUAGUGUCUGCUUAUCAAGUUAUCCAGCGGGAGAAGCAGCAGCUACAGGACAUUCUGAGUCAAACUCAGGAUAAAGCAUUCCGCAGAAUUGGAGAACUGAGAGAGGAGCUCCAUAUGAAUCAACAAACAAGGAAACAUCUCAAAGAGGAAUUUGAUGCUUCCUUAGAAGAAAAGGAUCAACUUAUCAGUGUCCUGCAAACUCAGGUAUCAUUGCUGAAACAGACGUUACAGAAUGGUCAGAUAUGCUCUGAAUUGCCUGACUCGACUAUCCCAUCUAAACCACAAGUUCAAAGUCCAACAAAAGAAAUCAGCACAGAAACUACUGUGGAACCAGGAAGCAAUGAGGGUAAUGAAGAUUCAGUUAAAACACUGGAAACUCUUAGUCAGAGGGUGAAGCACCAAGAGAACUUGCUGCAAAGUUGCAAGGAGGUGAUUCAGUCACAUAAGGAGCGAUGUGCCCAGUUAACCAACGAGAAAGAGGCACUUCAAGAGCAGUUAGAAGAGAGGCUUCAGGAACUGGAGAAAAUGAAGGACCUUCAAAUGGCUGAGAAGACUAAACUGAUUACGCAGCUGCGUGAUGCAAAGAAUUUGAUUGAGCAGCUAGAACAAGACAAGGGCAUGGUAAUCGCAGAGACAAAGCGACAAAUGCAUGAAACACUGGAAAUGAAGGAGGAGGAGAUAGCCCAGCUGCGUGCUCAGAUCAAACAAAUAAUUACCAAAGGAGAAGAAUUAAAAGAACAGAAAGAAAAAUCUGAAAGAGCUGCCUUGUAUGAACAGGACUGGGCUUUUGAAGAGCUUGAGAGGGCUCUGAGUCUUGCCCAAAAGACAGAGGAAUCCCAGAAGAAAUUGCAGGCAGAAAUGGAUAAAAAAAUCAAAGCAGUAGAAAAGGCAAGUGAGGAAGAGAGGGUAAAUCUUCAGCGGGAGUUAACCAGAGUGAAACAAGAGGUGGUUGAGAUUAUGAAGAAGUCUUCAGAGGAGCGUGUUGCUGAACUAGAAAAACACCAUAAUGAAGAAAUGGCUGCCAAAGAUCGGGAGCUAAAUGAGAGGUUACAGGCCCAAGAGAAGGCGUUCCAGGGCAAGAUGAAGGCAGCUCUUGAAAGAAAUCAGAGUGAGUGUUUAAAAGCCCUUCAAGAACAAGAGCAGCAAGGAUUCCUAGCUUUAGAAGAAUUAGAGCUGCAGAAAAAAGCAAUACAGUCAGAGUGUGACAAGAAGAUUCAGAAGAUGCAUCAAGAAGUAGAGACUUCUAGAACUAGGAUUCUUGAACUGGAAAGCUCUCUUGCAAAGUAUUCACAAGAGGACAGAAAGCAAUCAGAGGACUUAAGUAUUCUGAUGGAGUCUGAAAAAAAGCAGCACAAUAAGGAAAUAAAUGAUAUAGUUGAAAAACACAAGAAUGAACUGGAAAACAUGAAACAGCAGCAGGAAAAGCUUUGGACAGAGAAACUUCAAGUCUUAAAGCAACAACAAGUAACUGAAAUAGAAAAAAUGAGAGAGAAACAAGAACAAGAGAUAGCUACAAUUUUGAAAGAGAAAGAAACAGUUUUCCAUGCACACAUAGAAGAGAUGAAUGAAAAAACGUUAGAAAAACUUGACGUGAAACAAACAGAGUUAGAAGCACUGUCUUCUGAGCUAUCAGAAGCACUAAAAGUACGUCAUGACUUGGAACAAGAGCUCUCUGCAUUGAACAGUCGAGUGUGUGAAGCAAAGCAAGAAUUGGAAGAAGAGAGGAGAAGGCACAAAGAAGAGGUUGAAGUGAUGUCAAAAGAGCAUGCACUGUCUAUUCAAGGAGUUGAGAAGGUACUCAAAGAGGAACUCAACCAAGUCAAGCAGUCAUUGGAGGAGAAGGACAGACAUCUGGAGGAACUAAAAGCACACGAACAGAAGUUAAAGGAAUCUGCAGAAAACUCUGAAGCUGAGUUUGUGCAAGUGUCUGCAAAGCUAGAGGAGCUCUCAGAGUCUCUUCGGAGUACGUCUAAUGAGCAAGCAAAGAUUCAUGAAGAGGAAUUAGCAAAGCUUCAGCAAAAGCUGACAGAUCUUGAAGGUGAAAAAUUGCAACUUAGUAAGCAGCUAGAAAGAACUGAAUCCCAGCUGAAUGAUGUCAAGAAUGAGUUAGAGGCAUCCACCUCGCAGGUACGUGACCUGAAGCAGCAUUUGCAAGAGCAAAGUAAUGAAAAUACACGGAAGGAAACCUCUCUGACACAACAGUAUGAAUGUCAACUGAGGGAUCUACAAAGAGAGGCAGACGAUACAAAGAGACUUCUAAGUGAGAAGGAAAAUGAAAUUGAACACGUGAAGUUACAGAACGAGCGAGUGGAAGAGCUUAAACAGAAACUCUUAGCCACAGAGGAGAGAAUGAGUGCUUUACAAGGAGAAUAUGAAAGUAAACUGAAACGUCAGGAUAACAAAAUGGAGAAAAUUAAACGGAAAUCAGAAGAUAUGCAGGAAACUUUCAAAAAGAAACUUGCGGAGCAAGAAGCUAAACUAAAAAAAGAGUUUGAAAACAAGCAAUUGGAGUUGAGUCAGAAAGAGAGGGAAUUUGAUGCUAAAAUGUUGGAAAUGGCACAUGCCAGCUCAGCUGGAAUCAAUGAGGCUGUGUCAAAACUAGAAUCUAAUCACAAAGAGCAACUAGAGAGUCUUGCUGAAGCUCACAGGAGGGAGUUGGAAGAAAUUACCCGGAGUUGGGAAAAGAAACUCCAUCAGCAGGUUGAAGAGCUCCAGGAAAAGCAUGAAAUGGAGCUGCAAGCAAAGGAGCAGGAAAUUGGAGACCUGAAACAGAAACUUGCCACCUUCAGUGCUGAGAAGGAGGGCUCCAGAGCAGAAAGAACCCGACUGAAGGGAGAACAGGUGACAAGGGAGGAGUCCCUGAAGGAACUGCAAGAACAACUAAGGCAGUCAGCGUCGAAGGUGAAUGCUUGGUCAGAUAAGGAAAGUGACCUGAAAACACAGUUGAAAAAAUUGGAAGGUGAUCUUAAUCAGGCCCUGAAAGAGCAGUCAGGACUUGAGGAACAGCUCAGUGAACAGAAAGCAGUUGAAGAAAAGGACAAAGCCAAAAUUACUGAGCUGGGUGAUAUAGUGAAAACACUUGAAGAGAAACUCCAAAAUGUGCAGUCUUCUCAGUAUAAAUGUCAUGAAAAUUAUGAGAAAAAAGUAGAAGCAAUUCAGCUAAAAGAAACUGAGUUUAAAAGGCUGACAGGAGAACUUGUAGCCCAGUUAGAUGCUUGCUGGAAGAACGCUGAAGCUUUAUUGCAAACAAAAAGCAAUGAAUUAAUUGAAAAAUGUAGUGAAAAAAUUGGCACACUAACAUACAAGAUUGCAGAUUGUGAGCUCCGAACUUCAAAAGUUAAAGAAGCAAUAUUACAUAAAAUGAGUAAGAUUGCUGAACUAGAAGCUCAACUUAGAGAAGUAACAGAGCAUCAUUCUGCUGCGAGUACUUCUUUGCAAAAGUCAAUGCAACAGCUACAAGAGAAGGACAAUUUAAUUAGGUCCAUGAGAUCUGACAUUGAAGGACUUCUAACAGAAAAGGAACGGUUGCAAAAAGAGGGAGGGCAUCAGCAGCAAGCAGCAUCAGAAAAAGAAACUUGUAUAACACAGCUGAGGAAAGAGUUAUCUGAAAAUAUCAAUGCUGUCACCUCAAUGAGGGAGGAACUCCAGGAAAAAGAAUCUGAGAUCUCUGUUCUCAACAAAACCAUUAGUGACCUUAAUGUUAGACUUGAAAGCAUGGUAAGUUUAACAGAGAAGGGAGCAGCCAUGUCUCUGUUAAGCAAGCAACAUCAAGAGGAUCAGUUGCAGUUGUUAAACCAGGUCCAGGAGUUAUCGGCCAGAGUUGAGACGCUGAGUCAAGAAAAAGCAUCAGCUCUUCAGCAGGUGGAUUGUUGCACGGCCAAGUUGUCCGAGUGGAAGAUGAAAGCACAAACCAGGUUGACACAAAAUCAUGAUACUGUUAAAGAUUUGCAGAGCAAGCUUGAAUUAAGCAAUACUGAAGCCAGUAAAAAAGAUGAAGAGAUAAAUAAACUGAAGGAGCAGCUAGCUAAACAAAGCAAGAAUCUUGAUAGUUUAAAAAGUGAAUUGGAACAAAAGCAAACCAAGAGGGAAAAGCAAGAAAGUGAGUUAACCGCAAAGUUAAAAAACCAAGCAGCAAGAAUUGCUGAACUAGAAGAACACGUUGCUCAGAAAACUUCAGAAAAUGUUUCCUUGAUGGAAAAACUUAAAAAGUAUAAUGAACAAAAAGACACAGAGCAAAAGGAGAUAGCUUGGCAACUCCAGCAGGCAGAGAGGGUGGCUUUUGAAAAGGACAAUAGAUUUAAGGAGGCUGAAGAAAAAGUGCUUAAUCUUGAGAAGCAAAUAGGUUCACUGAAAGCUGAAUUUGAAGCAAAGGAGAGGGAAUUUGCUCAAAUGAAGUCAGGGAUACUUAAAAGCAAAGAGGAAGAGCUGAAAGGAUUAGAAGAGAGAUUGAAUGCAGAGAGCAACACUAAGCUGGCAGAUCUGAAAAAGAAGGCAGAGCAAAAAAUCAUUUGUAUUAAAAAGCAAUUGCUGUCUCAGAUGGAAGAAAAGGAACAGCAAUUUAAGCAAGAUAGAGAAAAUCAGUUAAGAGAAUUGGAGCAAAAAGUGCAGGAGAGAGAGGCCAAAAUUGAGUCCUUAGAAGAAAAAAUAAAGUCAACAAGAGAUUCCACAGAAUUAGAGAAAGAAAUUCUGCUGCAAAAAGUAGAGAGUGUAAAAGCUGCUGUAGAACAAGAAAAAAAUAACAUGCUUGAGAGUGUCCAACAGACUUACAAAGAGAAAAUGCACAUGUUGCAGAAGGGCUUAACUGAAAAAGAUGAAUUGUUGCAGAAGUACGAAAAGCAGCAACGAGAGAGCAAUGACUCUCAUCUAGAACUGCAAACCAAACAGGACGAGCUCCUUAAAAAACUAGAACGUGUUGAGAAGAGCCAUCAGGAGGAGCAGAGUAAGACUGAAAGCCUCAGGAAAGAACUUGAGGAGCAAACCAAAAAAUACUCCUUGUUAGCAAAUGAGCAUGCUCGCUGCAGUGGUGAUAUAGCAAGCAGUAGGGAGGAAUUAAGAGCUAAAGAGCAAAAACAUCUUGAUAUGGAGAAUGUAAUUGGAGAUUUCCAGAGAAAAAUGCAAGAAAAGGAGGCAGUCAGUCAAUCUUUAGAACAGAAGAUAAAAGAGUUGGAAAAUAAUCUAGUGAAGGAAAAUGAAGUGCGUAAGACUGAGAUGGAAGAUAUGAGUUCGAGAUAUGAAGAAAAGUUAAAAGCUUUACAACAACAGUUGGAUGAAAGAAAUGACAGUCUGAAAGCUUUUGAGGAAAACGCUGAAGAAAAGGCUAAAUCUGGUUUGGAGCUGCAGAAAUUAUUAGGUGAUAUGCAGAACCAGCAGAAGGAUUUGCAGACUAAACUGGAAGAGACUGAAAGGGAGAAACAGAAACUACGCAAAGAAGUGAAUAAUCUUCAAAAAGACUUACGUACUCUGCGAAAGGAACAUCAGCAAGAGCUUGACAUACUAAAGAAGGAGUCCUUAGAAGAAAUGGAGAAGAAAAUCAGGUAAAGCCCAGGAGGUAGAAACUGAAUUAAUAGAAAAUCAUCACAUAGAGACAACACAGUUGCAUAAGAAAAUUGCUGAUAAAGAUGAUGAUCUAAAAAGAACUGUGAA